UCAAAAUUACUGGUUUGACAAACAAACAAACGAAAACGAAAUCUUCUACACUACCAGCGAUUGCUAUCAUUAUAACCUGAGUUCUACUUCUAUAGAUUAAUUCUUAAACCUACAAACUCAAACUCAAGCCUAUUCUUUCUACCAAAAUCGUCUACAGGCGUCAGUCGGUGUAGCAAUGGUUAAGACACCGAUUAUGACUAGAAACCAGAAUCAUGAUGACAGGAAGAGGUUCAAGACUUGUGAAAGUGGUUGUGUGGCACCUUGGUCAGAUGUUAACCAUGAUGUGCUGUUUUUAGUUAUGAUGCAACUGGGAGUUGUUGAUUUUGUUGCAUUCAGUGGAGUUUGCAAGUCAUGGAGGUCAUUUGCUAUCUCUAACAGAAAGAGUCUUAUGGCGUGCAGACCACCCAUGCACAUGAGGAUUUCUACUGAUAACUUGGAAGACUACUGCUAUUUAGAGGACUUUGAAGGAAAAAUGCUCAAAACCAUACUUCCCCAUUCUACUGGAAGGACAUGUGUUGGGUUAACUUGUGGUUACUUGAUCCUGUUUGGGAGGAAAACCAAAGACUUCUGGCUUGUGAAUCCUAUCACAAAGCAUCAACUUCAUUUCCCUGCUUUCCCCUGUUUAGUAGCAGAUGGUAAUAAAUUCAAGGGCAUCCUUGUCUUUUCAUCUUCAAAGUCUGGGUGGUUGCUUGUUAUUAUAAAGCCAUUCUAUCAUGAAGUAUGGUAUUCAAUAGCGGGUGAAGGAGUAUGGAAUCAUGUCUCCUCCACUUACCACAUCCUUGAUAUACAUUUUCUCAGAGGGAAGAUAUAUACCUUAAACAUAGAUUAUCAUAUAAGGGAAGUGGGACAUCUAUGUGAAUUGAGACUUGGUCUGGAGCCUAAUUUGAUGUUGCUCGAAAUCAAGAAUUUUUCUAAGACAAACUUACUUCCCCUUCCGGAAUUUGUAAGUUCGGGUGAUAAACUUUUUGUGAAGAGGACAUUCUGCGUAGGAGACAUGUGUGAACUAGAUUUUGGGGAAAUGAAAUGGGUGUGUUGUGAAAAAGCAAAAGAAGAAUAUGCAUUCUAUGGUAACAACAUGGGCCAUUAUACUGUUGUCAAACGAGAGUUGUGGGCUGGCACUAAUAAAAGUCGAAAAGAUACGUUCAAAACUGUAGACAUGUGGUACUUCCCUCAUGAUUGUUUGAAUGUAAAUCUCAUAGAUGAGUCGUAGACUUGUUACAGAUCUUUCCAAAUGUUGAAAAGUUUUUCAGAAUUUUUGUGAUGCACCAUGCAUUGGUGGAUUUGGAAUAUGCACUUCCAUCAUUUAAAUAGAUAGAUUUUGCUUA